CGAAGGCGAAGAGCACGAGACCCCACAACAUGAAUCAUAGAAUGGAAGUACAUGAAAUACGUUUUGCUGAGAAUUGGAAGCACCGUCUUCAAAGGAUAGCCUGAUUCAGCGCAAGGAAAUAAUUCGAAUGGAGAAUGACGACGGAUCACUCGUCCUUCGCUGACCAUCACACCGCCCAUUCCCUUGCUGUGCAGUAUGAGGUGCGUCUCAAGGAAGACCUUGCCCGCUACCCCAGCAAGCAUGGCCCAUCGUCCGAGAGAAUGCAGAGCUGCUUCCAGCUAAUAGAUGAUCUCCUUCCAAAGCUUGGUGUGUACACACCGGUGUUGCAGAGCUUGCGGAAAGAGCUGUUUGAUGCGGUGUACAGUGACGAAUACACUUCAACUGUCCUCGUGCGUAAGCCGCAGGUUGCAGCGGAUGCGCAGCCUGCGCAGCCGCAGCUGCAGCGCAUUCCCUACUUUGUCUUAGUCAAUCGUCUGUUUGACCAGAGGAAUGAAAAAGCGGAAGCACUUCAAGACCAACUGCUGAAAAUGACCAACACGAUGAGGAAGAAAGAAGAUGUGAUCAACGAGCUGGAGCAGGAGCACUCACGGACUCGAAACAAGAUGGCAGAACUGGAAGAGCGUAUGCACCAAAUGAACAACACAAUUCUGGAACAAAAAGACAUCAUCUCAAGCUUGAAUGCCACUGUGAAGGAUCACGAGCAGCAGGAAGUCGACCUGCAAGGCGAGAUGCGCAACCGCAAGCACGAAUACCAGACAGCACUCCAUACUGCUAGCAAGGAGAUCAAGGCCCUGCAUCAUUUCCGAGAAGGCUUCGAAGCCGCUAAUGAAGCAUUUGCUGAGGCACAGCCGGUUACCAAACGACUGCGGACGGCAUUUGCCACUAAGCAGAACCAGCUACUGAACAACUUGGCGCAGGCGAGACGCCUCCAGCAACAGCUCAUAGAGAUGCAGAAUAUGACAAUUGAAGAGUAUGAUGGCUUUGUGGAGAAGAAUAAGCAAGGCUUGUCAAAGUUUGUGUUUGACGAGACGGAUCAAGAAGCACCGCUGAACAAAGCACUGAAGGCUGCCCAAGACAGAUACAAGAGAGGAACUAUGGAGACGUCUGAUGAGCUGAGCCUGCUGGCAGUGCAGAUUGAAGCAGUGGAGAAGGAACUGAAGACCAUGCAAGAAGAGCAAGAGAAAAAGAAGCAGCAGAAUUCCGUCCUGGGACUGGAGAGCAGUUUGCCGGGCAACACGUCUGACGGGACUGCGGGAGCGGCAACUGCGGCCCACAAGGAAGAGCAGGCCGAAUCACUGAUACCCAAUGAGAGCCUCAUCAGCAAGUAUGGUGCAAUGAUGUACACAUCGACAAACCAGGGCAAGACAUUCGCACAGAUGAAGGACUCUCGUUUCUGUAGUAGCUGCGGGGAAAAGACGGUUCUGUGUCCGCAUCGCUGCCUAGAGCGGGAGCACGUCGUCCAGCUGCCACUCAACUGCUCCCACAUCAUGAUAACACGGCCGGGCGUGAAGCUGCUGGCCAGCAAACCAGAGGCACCUGUGGACCGUCUGUCUGGACAGAGCAUCGGGGGUUUUGUGUUGAACAAGGAGAGGAGUCGUCCGGAGUAUGAAACCAUUGUUCAGAAGGUCUGGGAAGACUAUGAGAAGCGAGUGCAGCAACCGCGGCCCAUCCCGAGGCAACUGUCGCUGAGCCGGUGUCUUUCAAUCAUUGAGCAGUUCUAUAGCCGAGUGAUAUGGCAAGAUGAGUACGAUGUGGACGAGGAGAUACCAGUGUCCAUACUGGAUAUGCUGUAUCGCUACUUCAAGGAGAGAUACGUCAUUGCUGAUAUUGCUUAUCACGGAGCGUUUGACUUCCUGCAAUCUGUCGUCACAUACUCCGGCGAGAAGAGGGUGGUGUGGCUGUUCGGUGAGCAGCUCGCUGGUACCAUUGAUCCGGCAUGCUUCCGCUAUCUGACACUGCUCUGUGAACUUCUCGGCAUCUUGGAAUGGUACACAGUUACUGAGUAUGAGCAGUUUGCAGCCAUCGUGUACCCAUUCUACACGGAAGAUGACAUUGAACAGCUGACGAUGGGAUUUGCGUCGUUUGUGGAGAACCGUCCGACGAAGGAUGGAGCAUUUGAGUACACGCUGUACAUGCUCAUCAAACGCAUUGAACCAUGGGUGUCUGAGUGGGAGUCUCGACUGAAGCUGCAUCCUACCCGCGAGGCACUGUGGAUGAGCGAGAUUGAGUUCACCGAGUGUCUGGAGAUGCAGUGCCCGCCCGGAGCGGAGAACCUCCGCCGCCGCCUCUUCCUGGAGACGCUGGUGCACAUGCCGGGCGAGCGGGACAUCGUGCCUUGCAGCCGCCUAGCCUAUAUUGCAGCCUAUCUGAAUAUAUUAGCCAACGCACAGACCAUGACAUCAGAGCUCUCCAAGCUGAAGACUGCACGUAAAGGAAGAAACCAAAUUCGGCCAAGAGUACUCUUAUGUACUCUUGGUUUGGCUGAGAGCGCUCGAGCGCGUGGUGGUGACGAGUUGGGAAUGCAGUUCAUCUUCCACUGACCCGCAGAAAAAGCGCAUGGCCGCAAUGUCAGCGAUAAAGCCGCCAACGUAAUGCGCUUCGCGUCCAUCUGGCUGGCUAUGCACCGCUACGAGUACAAGACCAGCUCGUAGGCUAGCUUGGUGGGCUUGUAUCUUUUGUAUGGAGAAGUUAUGUAACAGCAGUGCAUUUGCGUUUGUGUUAUCGCACCUUCCCUGAUACUUGAACAAGCCCACAAUACAUGUAGAUAUGCUGUACAUGUGUUCUUGAGUCUGAGCCCUGUUUACGCUAUACAAUACACAUUACACUAGCAGCGUACUGUGUGUACACCUCCGUUAUUCAUCUGUACAAUCGUCACUGCUCCGUGCAUGUCAAUGUAACAGAACCUGAUAAAGUAUUGGAUACCAAUGA